UAAAAGUCACUAAGAAAUAUAUUAUAAUUUUAUGUUCAUAAAAUAAUUAAUGCAUUUUAAAUAAAAUGUCCAUUUACCGCCAUUUUAAUCAGAACACUCAAUUACACUCGCUCGCAAUCGGGUGUAAUAAAAUAGGGAAAAGUGCACGGGCUUCUAGGGAGUUAGGUGUACCCUAUUGCGUCACUUCUGGUAACGAGAACGCCGUAGUGUACACUUUUGUACAAAGUGUAGAAAGUGUAGCUAGCGAGAACAAACCUAUUAAGUGUGACAAAAUAAACGUAUAAAUAACAAUAUGCUGACUCGCCAAAGAUUUAAUGCAACAAAACUCCUCGAGGUUGAAAAAAAUACAUCAGGAGAAAAUUCUUCAUCAAAUGAUGAAAAAGAUCACUUGAAUUAUUCCGAACAUGACACGAAAUCUAGUUUCUCAGACUAUUCAGGAAAUUCUGAGACCUUGGACGAUGAUGAUUGGGUUCCUGAUAACAGUAGCGCGAAACACAAAAAGCAACUUGCACCAAACAAAGGUGCUUCUAAAUUAACGCAAAAUAAUGUCCUUGUUAAAAAAAAUCAAAAAAAUUGGAUAAUUCGAAGCGAGCUACUUCCAAUUGCGAUACUUCGUCUAAUGCAUCGAAAAAUCCAGCUGUUGAGGCGUUUUACUUAGGUAAAGAUAACGAAACUAAAUGGAAUAAAGAACCUCCUUCAAAAAAUCAAAGGACUAGAGCAAAAAACAUUGUUAAUUUCUCUGCUGGAGUAAAAGGUGAUGCUCAGAACUGUACGACACCAAUUGAAAUAUAGAAUUUAUUUUUUACCGAAGAAAUAAUGAACGAAAUUGUAAUGUGUACAAAUAUUCGAUUGCGUCAUAUGCGAAAUAAUAAACAAACCGGAAAAGUAAAUGAGAAUACAAAGCUACAAUUGAACUCAGCGCUAUUUGGAAUAUUGUAUAUGGCUGGUGUCCUUCAAAUGUCCCAUGUAAAUACUGAAGAACUUUGGACUAUUGAUAAUACAGCACCACAAUUUUUUCGAUUAGUUAUGAGCAAAAAUCGAUUUGCUGUUUUACUGCAGGCUCUACGUUUUGACGACAAUAUUGAAACGAGGGAAGAGAGACGUGCUCUUGACAAACUGGCACCUAUCCGGAAAAUAUUCGAGGAUUUCAAUAAACGAUUACCUGAAUUAUACACACCUGGAGAAACCUGUACUAUCGAUGAAAUGUUACAAUCUUUUAGAGGCAGGUGCCCGUUCAGACAGUAUAUCCCCAGCAAACAGGCAAAAUAUGGAAUCAAAAUAUUUAAUCUUGCCGAUGCUGAUACAUUUUAUACUAUAAAAUUGGAAGUAUAUCUCGGAGUACAACCUAAUGGGCCAUUCUACGUUGAUAAUAAGCCGAGUAAUGUAGUCAAAAGGUUGGUUAUCCCGAUUGCAAACUCAAAUAGAAAUGUAACAUUCGAUAACUGGUUUACAUCUUUUCCACUAAUUGAAGAGCUUCUUUAUGAUUAUAAUUUGACUAUCGUGGGUACUGUGAAAAGAAACAAACGAGAGCUUCCACCGAUUUUCGUGCAAACUAAAAAGAGGGCUAUUAAAUCAACUCUCUUUGGUUUUUGAAAAAAUACUGUACUUGUCUCCUACGUUCCAAAAAGAAACAAAUCAGUCGUUUUAGUUUCCACUUUGCACGACACGGGUGAAAUUGAUACUUCAUCUGGAGAAAAAUUGCUACCAGAAAUAAUUUCUUUUUACAAUUCAAUAAAGGGUGGUGUUGAUGUGGUCGACAAACUUUCAGCUCAGUAUAGUGUUGCUCGAGAUACUAAUAGAUGGCCACUUGUAUUAUUUUUUUCCCUUCUAAAUGUUGCAGGAAUCAACAGCUUUGUUAUUCAUUCUCUGAAUUCCGCAGAAGAAAUGAAGAGGAGAAUAUUUUUGAAAAAUUUGGCCCAUGAAUUGGUUAAACCACAAAUAGUACAAAGGUUGUCAAUUAGAGCACUUCCACUUAAUCUAAGACAGGACAUGUUACAGUACCUGGGAGUAGAAGAUGAUACAAAUAACAACAAUUCAUCUAAAUGCAUUUACUGUCCUAAAAAGAAAAAUCGAUUCUCUAAAAGUAGCUGCAUUGGAUGUUCUUCAAAAAUUUGAACAUACUAUUAAACAUACUAUUAAAGUAUGUCACAAAUGUUUUAAAAAAUUUUCAAUUUUUGAGUAGAUUUUAUUAUGAUGAAAAAGUUUUAAGUUGUUUUAAAGUUUUAAAUUUAUGAAACAGAAAUUAAAUAUCAUUAAAUGAUAACUAAAAGUUAAAUUUCAUUGAAACUUUUAAAUUAAUUUGUAAUAAAACGAUGACUAAAGGUGCGUUAUGUAUUAAAAAUACUUGAUAAAUGUGAUACAUAUAAGUUAAUGAUUUUUGGAUAUUUAUACACGGAAAAAAUUAGUCGCUGAAGUUUUCAGCUACUAAUUGAAGACUCUCGGAUAUGGAAAAAAACUUUACGGACUUUUUGAAAUACUCUUCGCUUUUAGCAAAAAUUCUCUGAAAAAAGUUGAGGACUUUUUAUAAACCUAGUAGCGGAAAAUAGUCGUAGAAUUAUUGUAACACUUGGAUAGAAAUUUUCGUCGACGAGUCGCGGAAAAUGAUGCGCAGAAAAGAUGCGCAAACUCUCAGGCGGUAAACGUCACGUGAAAUAAUUUUGACUGACUUUGUUUACGUAUUUUUUAUUUAUUUAUUUUUAUUUUUCUUUAUUUAUUUUUUAUUUAUUUAUUUUUUUUAUUUUUUUCUUAGCGAUGUCAAAUCAAUUAUUAAAUAACAAAAUUAUAAAAAAUAAAACAGUUUGUACAGGUAUCAUUACUUUUCAAUGAGAAAGUGACUAUUUUUAUUUUCAUUGGUAUCGCGCACCUUUACGAUGGAGGAGUUUGAAAAUCCGGUAAGAAAUUUAAAAUAAUUUGUGACAAUUAAAUACCAACUUUAAAUGAAUAUUUUGUUUCAUCAAAAAAUAUAAUCACUCUCGAGCUUAUUUCAUUAUAAUUAAAUUGUAAA